AUGCACAAGAGUGAAGAAGGUGGCUCUUUAUACGUGAGUUGUUCUAAAGGUGAAUGUGUUCAAGACAGAAUCUGCAGCUUUGGCUCCAACACGGUCAAUCCAGGUGCAUAUUGCUAUAUUGAAGUUUCAGAUGAAUUUCCAAAUAAGAAUUAUCUCCUUGAUUCAACCAUUACUUCAAGUGGCCAAGAAAAUCCAGAUGAAAACGAUAAUAUUUGUUUGUACAGUGGGGAAAUAAAUAUGAAAUCAAUCAAUAUUUCAAACUCAAAACUUUAUUACGAUAGUAUUUACAAUGUUGUAUAUAGUUCUAACUCAAAUGUAACGCUUUCAACAUUUUCAAACAACACAACUACAUUUGAAGAUAUUUAUGAAAUAUAUGUUACAGCAUUAUCUGAUUCACUUGAAUUUAAAAUUCUUUUUUGUAAUUUCUUUGAAAAUGAAUGCAAUUACUUUAUUAUCAGUUUUCAUGAUCUCUUUAUCAAUAAUUGCAGUUUUAAUAAAAAUAAUAUUAAUGAAAGAUACUUUUCCACAGACUCCAAACAAAUUAUAGUUAAAGGAUGUUAUUUUGACAUCUCAGAUCCUAUUAAAAUCGGAAACGUCAUAAUUACAGAAGAAUUAGGUUCAAUUUAUCCAGAAAACUAUCAUUUGUCUUCAGGUUUAUGUUUUGCAAAACUAAAACUAGAAUUUCCAGAAGAAAAAAAGGCAGAAACAGAAGAAAAAGAAGAAAUUAAAAUUAACUUCAAAAGAAAAAAUAAAUUUAAUAUCUUCGUUUGUUUUGUUUUUAUUUUUCCUAAAUAA